ACUUUUAUCUUCAGAUUCGUCCAUUUCUCUCCCAUUCUGUAGAUCAGAUUCCUCCAGUCAAGAGUUUUCCUCACUUUCCCGAGAAAAUUACACCACACUUCCCAAGAAAAGAAUGAGAGAAAUUCUCCACAUUCAGGGCGGCCAAUGCGGAAAUCAGAUCGGAGCUAAAUUCUGGGAAGUGAUCUGUGAUGAGCACGGUAUUGACCACACCGGAAGGUACAGUGGCGAUUCUGAGCUCCAGCUUGAGCGUAUCAAUGUCUAUUACAACGAGGCCAGUGGUGGUAGAUAUGUGCCUCGUGCUGUACUUAUGGAUCUGGAGCCGGGUACUAUGGAUUCCGUUAGAUCUGGUCCCUUUGGGCAGAUCUUUAGACCUGAUAACUUCGUUUUUGGCCAGUCUGGAGCAGGGAAUAACUGGGCUAAAGGUCAUUACACUGAAGGAGCUGAGUUGAUCGAUUCUGUGCUUGAUGUUGUCAGGAAAGAGGCUGAGAAUUGUGAUUGCUUGCAGGGAUUUCAAGUUUGUCAUUCGUUGGGUGGAGGCACUGGUUCUGGUAUGGGAACUCUUCUUAUUUCCAAGAUCAGGGAGGAGUAUCCUGAUCGAAUGAUGUUGACAUUUUCCGUCUUUCCUUCUCCUAAGGUCUCUGACACAGUUGUGGAGCCAUAUAAUGCGACUCUUUCUGUUCAUCAGCUUGUGGAAAAUGCUGAUGAAUGUAUGGUUUUGGACAAUGAGGCUUUAUAUGAUAUCUGCUUUCGUACUCUCAAGCUUGCUACUCCAACUUUUGGUGAUCUUAACCAUCUCAUAUCUGCUACCAUGAGUGGUGUUACCUGUUGCCUUCGUUUCCCUGGACAGUUGAACUCUGAUCUUCGGAAGCUUGCAGUUAACCUUAUCCCAUUCCCUCGCCUUCAUUUCUUCAUGGUUGGGUUUGCACCCUUGACUUCAAGAGGAUCACAGCAGUACCGGGCUCUGACUGUGCCUGAGCUGACCCAGCAGAUGUGGGACGCCAAAAACAUGAUGUGUGCUGCUGAUCCACGACAUGGUCGCUAUCUAACUGCUUCAGCUAUGUUCCGAGGUAAAAUGAGCACUAAAGAGGUCGAUGAGCAAAUGAUAAAUGUCCAGAACAAGAACUCUUCAUACUUUGUUGAGUGGAUCCCCAACAAUGUUAAGUCCAGUGUCUGUGACAUCCCACCUAAAGGUCUAAAGAUGGCAUCAACUUUCAUAGGAAAUUCGACUUCUAUCCAGGAGAUGUUCAGGCGCGUUAGUGAGCAAUUCACGGCUAUGUUCAGGCGCAAGGCUUUCUUGCACUGGUACACCGGUGAGGGUAUGGAUGAAAUGGAAUUUACUGAGGCUGAGAGUAACAUGAAUGAUCUGGUGGCUGAGUACCAGCAGUAUCAAGAUGCAACAGCUGACGACGAGGAAUACGAGGAGGAAGACGAGGAGAUCCCUGAGUGAGGUUGCUUAAAAGUCCUUUUCACUAUGUCUGAAGUUUGUAUUUUGCUGUCAGUGAGUGAUUAUGUAAUGUUGUUUAAAAGGGUCAAAUUAGAUUGACAUGCUCGUGUAUGGAUUGUGAGUCCUUGUAUCAGAAAAUGGGGUUUUCUCGACUCUGUUUUGUUUUUUGUAUUUCACUGCUGGCUGUUUGUAUCUAGUAGGAUGGGUAUAUGAAUUGAAAUUAUUGAUGUUGCUAGGGGUUCAUUGAUA